AUGAAUGCAGUUCGCGCCGCUCUAACGGUUCUACGAAAACAUUUUCAUGCCGACCGUUCGGCUCGUCUGGCGGUGUUCGGCCUGAAGCUGGGAUUGAUUCGACCCGGAUAUCAAGAUCCGGACAUUCUGCGCACCCAGCUGAUGAAUAUGGUUCUGCGCAAUCCGGUCGGUAUCGCUGCCGGUUUUGACAAACACGGCGAAGCGGUCUGUGGACUGCAUCUGCUUGGGUUCGGCUUUGUGGAGGUCGGAUCGGUUACGCCCCAGCCGCAGCCGGGACACUCGAGACCGCGAGUGUUUCGGCUGUAUGAGGAUAAGGCGAUUGUCAAUAGGUACGGAUUUAAUAGUGAUGGCCACAAAGUGGUCUACGAGCGGCUGAAAGAAGCUCGCCAAAAGUGUGGCGAAGAUGUUGUGUUAGGAAUAAAUUUAGGAAAAAAUAAGCUUUCUAAGGAUGCGAUCCGCGAUUACGUGAAAGGAGUGAAACGAUUUAGUGGCUUAGCUGAUUAUCUCGUUAUCAAUAUAAGUAGCCCGAAUACGCCCGGUUUGAGGACUAUGCAAAACAAAAGUACGCUUUUCGUAUUGUUGAGUGAAGUCCUGAAGGUACGGAGUUCCCUGCCGCUGGCAGAACAAAGACCUAUUAUGGUGAAACUGGCACCGGACUUGUCCGAUGAAGACAUCCAGGAGAUAGUCACAGUUGUAUGCAGCAAAGCAUGUGCCGUCGACGGACUAAUCGUAUCGAAUACAACCAUCGAAAGGCCAUCUAGUCUGAAGAGCAUCAAUGCCGGCCAGCUGGGCGGCUUGAGUGGGCAGCCAUUGUUCCAAAGAUCUACCCAACUGGUGGCCAAGGUGUACAAAUGGACCGAGGGAAAAAUUCCCAUCAUCGGCGUUGGAGGGAUUUUCAGCGGUCGCGAUGCGUACAAUAAAAUUCUGGCCGGUGCCAGCGCGGUUCAACUAUAUACGGCGUUUAUUUACCAUGGACCACCGAUUGUGAUACGAGUCAAACAGGAGCUUGAGGAGCUACUGAAAGCGGACGGGUACGACAGCGUGCAGCAAGCCGUCGGCAAGGGCGUAGAUCAGAUCUUACAAAGUUGA